GUCAACAUUACCAGCGAGUCCAACUUUCCUAGAGAGGCAGGACAUUUUGGACAGGCGCUCCACCGCGGACGUUACUUCCCGUUCCGUUCUUUCCGGGCAAAGAGGGAAGUCGUGUUGCCUCGGAAGAGCCGAUCGUCGGCUGUUGCGUGGAGCGAGAAGCCCGCGAGGGGUGUGCAAGUUCUUGGAUGGGAUCCAUGCAUUUGGCGCCAUGGUGAAGUCUUGUUGUGCCAUCAACUGCAACAACAAAUUUUCGCUUGGCAAUAACAUCUCGUUCCACAGGUUUCCUCUUGGGAGGAAAGACCUAGUAAAGAAGUGGGUCUGGAACAUUCGGCGGAAGAACUUUUGCCCCACGCGCCACCACGUCAUCUGCUCAGAGCACUUCCAGGAGGACGACUUCCUUGAGAAUGUGGCUUCCGGGCGGCGGUACCUGAAGCCCGAGUCCGUUCCCACAGUGUUCAACAUCCCUGAGCGGCUGAAGAGGGGCCCGAAAAAGAGAAGGCAGCUGCUCCGCCGAAAGCCCCCUGAUCCCGAACCAUUGAAGCCCAAGACUGGCAGUUUAGAAGUGCCGUCCCCUGGAAGUGAUGUCGUUGGUCUGGAACAUUCCUAUUCCCUUCCAGCAAGUCCAGCCCUGGAUCAUCACUUGGCACCUAUACGGGAGCAAGGCCCCGAAGACCGUGAAAUAGGCAAGGGCCCCCGCCUCCUCCAGGCUCGGCCUAAGAGGGAGUGCAGGGAAAGGACAAAGUCAAGCUUCCCAGAUGGGCCCCUGGCGAGCUCCAGCGCCGAGUGCCAGUGCUUCCGGCAGCUCCGCUACCAGGAAAUUGACGGGCCCUUUGAGCUCUGCAGUCGCCUCUGGGAGCUUUGCCACCGGUGGCUGAAGCCCGGAAAGCACACCAAGCUGCAGAUGUUGGACCUAGUGAUCCUGGAGCAGUUCCUGAGCAUCCUGCCUCCAGAGAUGCAAAGCUAUGUCCAGGGGGAAGAUCCUCCUAACUGUGACCAGGCGGUGGUGCUGGCGGAGGAGUUCCUGCAGAAGCAACGACGUGGUGAGGAGUGGAGACCACAGGCUAAGAGGGCAGCCAUAGCAGAGAAGUCUCCAUCGGCCGUCUGGCAUAAGCUUCAGUUCAAGGGUACCACAAAGGAGGAGGCUGCAAGUGGCAGCUUGCUGGGUGACGGGAGCGUGAGAGAGACCAGGGCAGAGAACGCUCAACUGGAAGGCCCCGCGUAUGAAGAAGAAAUGUCUCAAGAGAUCGCUUCCUCCGUGACUGUUGAAACAGGUGACAUGUGGGAGAGUGACGUCGAGGGGGAGCCAUGUGGAAUGUCGACUGGAAACAAGGGCGUUGAGUCAGAAGGGAAUUCUGAGAAUCAAGACGGAACAAAGAAUCAGGAGAGAAAUGAACCAGCUCAGAAGUAUGAUGGGAAAUCAGAAGGUGAUGGCCAAGUUCACGGGAAUAAAGAUGAGAGUUGUCAAGAAAGUGGAAUCUCAUUGGAUAAAACCAAAGGGAAACUUGACCAGAGUAUGAAUAUGGAAAAGAUAUCUGGAAAUGUGGAGAAAGUGGAGAAUUCCCAGCAAACCUUGCAAGGGAAAACACCAAAAGAAAAUCCGUAUAAAUGUGCCCACUGUGGAGAGAGUUUCCAUAAGAGAUCACAGUUGGUUAUGCAUGAGAGGAGUCAUACUGGGGAGAAGCAUAUCUGCUCUCAGUGUGGCAAAUCUUUUUCUUACCAAUCGGAUCUUGUAAGCCAUGAAAGAAGCCAUACUGAUGAGAAACCAUACCAGUGCUCAGACUGUGGAAAAAGCUUUCGUGAGAAGGCAUAUGUUGCUCAGCACAAGAGAAUCCACACAGGAGAGAGGCCAUAUGCAUGCUCUGAGUGCGGAAAAAGUUUCUUCCGCAGAGGGUCCCUUAUUUUACAUGAGAGAAUCCACACUGGUGAGAAGCUCUACCAGUGUUCAGACUGUGGAAAAAGUUUCAAUCGGAAGCCACACCUCGCUGUCCACAAACGAAUCCACACUGGAGAGAAGCCGUACAAGUGCUCGGACUGUGGGAAGAAUUUCACUGUGAAAUCUGCUCUUAAUGUACAUAUGCGAACCCAUUCAGAAGAGAAGCCCUACAUGUGUUCUGUUUGUGGGAAAAGUUUCCGUGAGAAAGGAACACUUAAUAUACACAAACAAAGCCAUACUUCUGAAAAACCAUACCAGUGCUCUGAAUGUGGAAAAUGCUUCAGUUACACAGCGUCAUUUAGAAGACACAAGAAGACUCAUGCCAGAGGGUCUGCUGUCAAAUCAUAUGAAUGCCCUGAGUGUGGGAAAAGUUUCGGCCGCAAAGACUACCUUAUUACACACCGGAGAAUCCAUACUGGAGAGAAACCUUAUGUCUGUCCCAUCUGUGGCAAAGGGUUCAACCAUGGUGCAACUCUUGUUACACAUAAGAGAACCCAUACAGGAGAGAAGCCAUAUGAAUGCUCUGAGUGCGAUAAAAGUUUUAAACAAAUUUCAGGCCUCAUUACACACCGGAGAACCCACACUGGAGAGAAACCGUACGAAUGUUCAGACUGUGGCAAACGCUUUAUCUUGAAAUCAUACCUUGAUGUACACAAGAGAAUCCAUACCGGAGAGCGGCCCUAUCAGUGUGCUCAGUGUGGGAAAGGCUUCUCUUGCUCUUCUUACCUUUUGAGACAUGAAAAAACCCAUACGGGGGAAAGACCACAUACAUGCUCUGAGUGUGGUCAGAGCUUUCACUGGAAACGUUCCCUCAUUAUGCACAAGCGAAAGCACACGGGAGAACAGACUCUUCAUGAAUGUAUGAUUUGUAGCAAAAGUUUCAGCUGGACAUCUGCUCUCGCUGUGCACAUGAGGACCCACACAGGCGAGAAACCAUAUGUGUGCUCUGAGUGCGGGAAGCAAUUCAGUGGCAAGUGGAUCCUUAUCCAACACCAGAGAAUUCAUACUGGAGAGAAACCAUAUGAAUGCCCUGAGUGCAACAAAAACUUCCAUGCGAAAUCAUCCCUUCUUGCGCACCAAAGAACCCACUCUGGAGAGAAACCGUAUGAAUGUUCUGAAUGUUCAAAAAGCUACAGUGUGAAAGCAAACUAUGUUGCGCACAUGAGGACACACACUGGAGAAAAACCUUAUGAGUGCUCUGAUUGCGGGAAAAGCUUCUAUAAAAAAGAUCGCCUAAUGACACACAAGAGAACCCACACAGGAGAGAAACCGUACCAAUGUUCUGUAUGCGGGAAAGGGUUCAACUGGAAAGUUGGUCUGAUUAACCACAUGAGAAUCCACACAGGAGAGAAACCUUAUGCAUGCUCCGAGUGCGGGAAAUGCUUCCAUAAGAAAGAUCACCUUGCUAGACAUGAGAUCAUUCAUACGGGCGAAAAACCUUAUGAGUGCUUCGAGUGUGGUAAAAGCUUUAAUCAAAAAGUAGCCCUUAUUGUGCACAAGAGGACUCACACAGGUGAGAAACCGUAUAAAUGCUCAGAGUGUGGAAAAAGUUUCAGCUGGAAAAAAUCCCUUAUUACGCACAAGGCCGCCCACACAGGAAAAAAGCCCUAUGAAUGCUCCAAAUGUUCAGAAAGCUUCCACAGACGUUCCCACCUUGCAGAACAUGAAAGCACACACACAGUUUCAGCUUUUGUGGCUGUGCCUCAAGAACUCUCCGUGGAAGAAAUAAACACUGCUGUGAUGAAUUUGGAUUGCAAUACUUUUAUUCUGACUACCGUGGUGUAAAUUGAGAUUAUCAGAAAAGCUGAAUGACUCUGGAACGUGGCCAUUCUACGCAACCCGGUAGACAAGCUUUCUUUCACAUGCAGCAAUAGUGCUUUGUUAAAUAUAAUCUGUGGAAAACCGCAUCCCUUUCUGGUGUCUCGCUGUCUUUCAGACUGCUUAUAAAUUACUGCAAUUUCUUCCAAGAAACUCUCUCUCCCGGCCUUCUGAAAACACCUAUUUUUCAGUUAAGGUCCCAUGCAAAUCUUAAUUUUUUUUAGCUUUUCUUAGUGGAAUAUCAUGAUUGCUGCGUGGUGUGUAAACAAAUGUGACUAUUUACUAUAUUUUGAGAAUAAGCCCUGGAGAAGUAUCAAUAUAUUGGGCUAUGAUUGUGAGCAGUUCUUGGAAAGGAUUCUUAUAUUUUCAUGUCCUGAUCUGGUCAUUAAAUACCAUUUAAUUGUGGGGAUCCAUCUUUUCAUUCUCUGUUAUAAACUUCCCUUGUUAACUUAUGUUACUUAUCUGUGUUUGGGAAUAUAUGCAGACAUCACUGUUACCCAUUUAAUAAAUCGGAUUAUCUUGCGA